UGGGCUUGUCUGCCUGCAGGGCUGUAACCUGCAGCAGGAAUCAGUGGCCUGGUACACCGGCCAGCGCGCUGCUGUGGCUCAGAUACUACACUCUUUCGAACAGAACCAGAAGUGACUGAGCCAGGAGGACGCCAGGCACAGGGCUCCCCGGGACUGUGACCUGAAGCAAGGAAUCCCAGAGAGCAGAGCUGCGGCAGCGCUGUUGGGAUGGCCGGGUGCUUGUGAAGUUCACGUGCAUCCAGGGAGCCAGCCUCGCAUGGGACAUGCCUGUCCAGUCUUAGACUAUGAAUCCAGCUGCUUAUGUUCCAUCCAGGACCAGGAGGGGCCAUCGGAAGAUGAGAGUCCCCGUGCUCUUCCUCAUCUCGUUUUUCACGGUCACUGAGGGCUCGGACAGCUUCCUGGGGACAGGUGAUGGCAUCAAAACAAAACAAGAACUCACUGUGAAUAAGGGAAAGCUUCCAGGCCCAAACCAGGAAUAUGAGCUGCUGCUUCAGGUGGCCUACCGCAAUUCCAAGGAGAAAAGAGACGUGAAGAACUUCCUGAAGCUUCUGGAGGCUUCACCCUUGUGGUUCUCUGGGUCAAUGAGGAUUCUCAGAGCAAAGGCCACCACGUACUGUGCCAACCAGAACGGGGUCCUGCGCUGUGCCUGUGAAGACGGCUACGUCUGGUUUCCUCCCUCGUGCCUCGACCCCCAGAACUGCCACCUUCAGGGUGCAGGAUCGCUCCAAAGCUGUGACUGUCAACUCAACAACCUCACCCACAGUGUCAAUUUCUGCGAGAGAACAAAGAUUUGGGGCACUUUCAAAAUUCAGGAAAGAUUUGCAAAAGACCUUUUGGAUUCAUCUUCGGCUCUAUAUGCCAAAUAUACCACUGGAAUUGAAAUUCAACUUAAGAAAUCCUUCAAAGGAAUCCCAGGUUUCGAAUCAGUUCGAGUCACUCAAUUUCGAGAUGGAAGCAUCAUUGCUGGGUAUGAAGUUAUUGGAUCCAGCAGCACAACUGAGCUGCUGUCAGGCAUUGAACAGGUGGCUGAGAAGGUGAAGGCCAGCCUUCGCGAGCUGUUCCCUCUAGAGGAUGACUCUUUCAGAGUGUUUGGAAAAGCCCAGUGUAACAACAUGGUCUUUGGAUUUGGGGCUAAGAAUGAUGAGUACACUCUUCCCUGUAGCCGCGGCUACACCGGGAACAUCACGGCCAAAUGCCAGCCCUCUGGGUGGCACAUUCUCAGGGAGAUGUGUGUCCUCUCUCAGCUGGAAGAGCUGAAGAAGAAUUUCAGUGUGAUUGCCCUCAGCGCCACUGAAGCAGCCAUGUCAUCCUUUGUACAAAAUCUUUCAAUCAUCAUUCAGCAAAACCCAUCAACCACAGCCGGGAAUCUGGCUUCCGUGGUGGCUCUUCUGGGCAAUGUCUCCUCCCUGUCCCGGGCAAGCAACUUCAGCGUGUCCAAUUCGACAAUGGAGAAUGUCAUCGGUAUAACUGACCACAUCCUUAAUUCAGCCUCAGUAACCAACUGGACCGUGUUGCUGCAGAAAGAACAACAAGCCAGUUCCCAGUUACUUGAGACACUGGAAAACAUCAGCGUUCUGGUACCUCCAGCAGCUCUACCUCUGAAUAUUUCUCGAGAAUUCAUUCACUGGAAAGGGAUUCCAGCAUCCCAACGUCAACGGGAGAUGGGUUACAGCUAUAAGACAGAGCUGUUCCCCCAGAAUACCUCCAUUCCUAUCAGAGGCCAGGUGUUAAUUGGGUCAGACCAAUUCCAGGGGUCAUUUCCAGAAACGAUCAUCAGCAUGGCCUCCUUGACCCUGGGGACCAUCCUACCCCUUACCAAAAAUGAAGAUGCUCAGAUCAACGGGCCUGUGAUAUCCACCGUUAUCCCAAACUAUCCCAUACAUGAUGUUUUCCUGAUUCUUUCCAAGAUAGAGUCGAACCUGAGCCAGCCUCAUUGUGUGUUUUGGGAUUUCAGCCAUUUGCAGUGGAACAACGCCGGCUGCCACCUCGUGAAAGAGACUCCAGACUCGGUGACAUGCCGUUGCACUCACCUGACGUCCUUCUCCAUGCUGAUGUCCCCCUUUGUCCCCCCUGCCAUCGUCCCCGUUGUGAAGGGGAUCACCUUCGUGGGGCUGGGCGUCUCCAUCGCAAGUCUCGUCUUAUGCCUGGUCAUUGAAGCUCUGUUUUGGAAGCAGGUCACCAAAAGCCAAACCUCACACACUCGUCACAUUUGCAUGGUGAACAUAGCCCUAUGCCUCUUGAUUGCAGAUCUCUGGUUCAUUGUCGCUGCCUCCGAGGACACAGCGGCACACCCUCCUGGAAUCUGCAUCGCGGCAGUGUUCUUCGCACACUGGUUCUACCUCGCUUUGUUCUUUUGGAUGCUUAUGCUCGGCUUCCUGCUGGCUUACCGGGUUAUCCUCGUGUUCCAUCACAUGGCCACGCCCUUGAUGAUGGCCAUCGGGUUCUCCCUGGGCUACGGGUGUCCUCUCAUCAUAUCCAUCAUCACCAUCGCGGUCACACAGCCCAGCAAUAGCUACAAAAGGAAAGAUGUGUGUUGGCUUAACUGGUCCGAUGGGAGCAAACCUCUCCUGGCCUUUGCUGUUCCCGCCCUGACGAUUGUGGCUGUGAAUUUGGUUGUGCUGCUGUUAGUUCUCGCAAAGCUCUGGAGGCCUGCGGUCGGAGAAAGGCUGACCCAGGACAAAAAGGCCACUGUCAUCCGUGUGGGGAAGGGCCUCCUCAUUCUGACCCCACUGCUGGGGCUCACCUGGGGCUUUGGCAUAGGAACCAUGGUGGACAGCGGGAAUCUGGCUUGGCACGUUAUUUUCGCGCUACUCAAUGCAUUCCAGGGUUUUUUCAUCUUAUGUUUUGGAAUGCUCUUGGAUAAUAAGCUUCGACACUUGCUGCUCAACAAGUUGUCCCCUUUAAGCUCCUGGAAGCAAACAUCAAAGCAAAACGCAUCAGAUCUAUCUGCCAAACCCAAGUUGGAAAAGACUUUGAACGUAUUCCAACACAAAGGCAAUUAUGUGCUUUCUUGCACUGGAGAGUCUUCCAACAACAUCAUGCUAACUCAGUUUUCAUCAAGCGAAUAAAGUUGGGAAAUGCAAAAUCAAGGGAAGAUUUUUGGAGCAAAAUGACAUGUAGAGCUAAAUGUCAGUGAAGAAAGAAUGUUCAAUAUUCAAUGGAAUUUUCUGAUCUAGGAGUCUGGGAAUAAAGUGAAGUUUCAGAGGC